CUUCGCAUCGACCUCACCCCAUCUUUGGGGCUCGGAGCAUCACUGUAAAUAAUAAUACCCAUCCCACCCUUGAAAUCCAAAAAAUGUUUUUGGAUUGUCGUAUCUCUGCAUUUCGCCCGGCUUGUCAAGGGAACCGCAAAGCAUGAGCCCAUAAUCUCGAUCGGUAUCAGAAAGGCACCACGGUCGGAUUAAUCCUCUCUGUCGAAUAUAUUUGUCUCGCCGGUAUCGAACGCUCAAGAUGAAGCGCGCCAGGACCGACUCAUAUUCGCCCGAGGCUAACGGCGUCAUUUUCAUGGCGAAUCCUGGGGCUCAUCCAACUGCGACCACAAACGGUCAUACGACCACCAACGCCAAUAAUAAUGGCCACGGUAGCACAGAGAACGGCAACGGCAACGGCAAGACCAAUGGCAGCGCUCUCCGUCAGGAGCCAACUCACGUGAUUGUUGCCGGUGCUGGCCCAGCUGGGGUGAUGCUAGCAUCAAAUCUCGUGCGGUUUGGAAUCAAAACACAGAUUGUGGAUGAUCGUGCAAACAGGACCUCGACCGGCCGGGCGGAUGGCCUGCAGCCCAAAACCAUCGAGACGCUGAAGCAGUUGAGACUGGCCGAACCCUUACUUCAGAAAGGAGCAAAGAUUUUUGAUAUCUGCUUUUGGAAUGCCACUCCAGAUCAGACUUUACAUCGGACCCACCGCGAGAUCCAUUACCCGCCAUUCCUUGAUGUCGAGGAUCCAUACAUCCUCCUCGUCCACCAAGGCAUGGUGGAGGAGCUCUUCAUCUCCGAUCUUCAGUCACGUGGAAUUUCUGUAGCAAGAAAUACUGCAUAUACUCGAUUUUCGCCGCCGUCAAAGGCCACCUCCGAUGUCCAAGUUGUUUUUCAGGAUCGAGUCACCGGCGAGGAGAAGUCCUUGCGCGCCCAGUACCUUGUCGGCUGUGAUGGCGCUCAUUCGAGGGUCAGAAAAUCCAUUCCGCAAAUGGAGAUGCAGGGAGAAAGUGGAACUUCGGCAUGGGGAGUCUUAGAUGGCAUCGUCGAUACCGAUUUUCCAGAUCUCUGGAGUAAGGUGGUGAUUCACUCCGAGACAGCAGGGACCAUCCUCUGCAUCCCACGAGAAAAGGGCAUGACGCGGUUGUACAUUGAACUAACAAAGUCCGGACCAAUGUCUGAAGCCGCGACUGAAGAGUUUGUCAUGAACCAAGCCCGCGAGAUCAUGAAACCGUAUAGUCUAACCUGGAAGAGUGUCGAAUGGUUUGGACUGUACAAGGUCGGACAGAGGGUAGCCAGUCGCUUCAUGGACGAGUCUGGAAGGGUGUUCAUUGCCGGAGAUGCCGCCCAUACACACUCGCCCAAGGCGGCUCAGGGAAUGAACGUUUCCAUGCAUGAUUCGUUCAAUUUGUCGUGGAAGCUCAACUUGGCUAUUCGCGGCUUGGCAGGUGCAAACUUGCUAGCAACGUACGAAAAUGAACGAAGAAAAAUCGCUCAGGACCUCAUCAACUUCGACUAUGAGCAUGCGCAAGCGUUUUCCGCAGGCGAUCCAAAGGCACUGGCGAGGAACUUUGCCACCAACAUUCGCUUCAUUGCUGGUGUGGGCGCCGAGUAUGGAAAGAAUGUCUUGAACAAGCCUGAGAAGACCCCAAGAGGCAAACUUCGUGCGGGCUCUCUCAUCCUGCCGGCCAUGGUUGAGCGAUAUGUCGAUGCAAACCCGGUCCAUCUGCAGCUGGAUAUCCCGAUGCUUGGGCAAUUCCGCAUUUUCUUCUUUACGCCUAAUGUGCAUUUAGCGUCGUCCUUUUUGAAGAAGGUGUGCGCUUACGCGACCUCAUUGGAAUCCGUACUCGGACGUGUCACCGACGCUGCCGAGGAAUCUUACAAGGAGCUCCCCUUCCCAGAAACCGAUUCUGAUUACUUUGUCCAGCCUGAUCGCUAUCUGCCGGUGUCGAAAUGCUUUACAUACGCUUUGGUUACUACGAUGCCAAAGUCUACUGUGGAAAUUGCUCAUUUGCCUCCAUUGCUGCAGAAGAGCAAGUGGACUUUCUACCUUGACAGCAUCAAAGAUCCGACACGAGAACCCUGCACGCGCAAGUGGGUUGGCAAGCUUGAAGAAGACGAAGUUGCUAUUGUCAAUGUCCGUCCGGAUGGCUAUGUCGGAAGUAUUCAACGGUGGAAUGCAAGCGCAGAAGACGAGGCAACCGAAGCUUGCCUUUGGUUGGACCAGUACUAUGGUCGGUUUUUGAUUUCAUAGUUGUUUUCCCACAGCCAGGAGUUCAUGCGUUAGAUGAUAUUGGGCGCGGCCGGGUUGGAGCUUUGGUGAAACAUUAGAGAACUUUGUAGAUCUGAAUCUCUUUAGCAUAGGUUUCUAUAGCGAUCGUACGUCACGUCAAGAAAUCAUUGACCUAUCUUAUCAUUUGUAUAGCCUUGGUGCAAAUAGCAACAGUCCACAAUCAACAUAGU